UGACUGGAGCCUCAAACGAAACGAAGACCAAAUCUUUCCAAAAAAGGGGAUUGAUAGAAUCCGUUUCUAUCCAACCAACGCAACCUAGGUACCCACAGUCACCAGUUCUCUUCCAAUUUACGUUCAAGUAACGGUUUUCCGGGGGCGUGGCAUUAUUUACUGAAUUAUCUCCCCGUUCAUGCGCCAAGGGAAGUAACUCUGACAUCCAGCAUGGCGGCGGAAAAUAAAAAAUAUGGAUUAUUUUUGCCUAAAAAGGGAGUCACGGCUGUUCUUCCUAAAGCAAAGAAUAUAUUUGGUGAUGAUAGUGAUGAGGAAAAGGACGGAAUUGUUGUACCGAGAAAACCCACUGUAAAUCAGAAGAAAGUGAAAAAACAGACCCAGAUAGCAAUCGACAAAGCUUUAUCAGAAGAUCCCUCAGUGUAUGAAUAUGAUAGUCUUUAUGAUGAUAUGCAGGCAGAGAAAAAUAAGAAAACAGCUAAUCCAGAGAAAAAACAGGAUAAAAAGGCCAAGUAUAUAACAGGAUUAUUAAAAGCAGCUGAGGUGAGGAAACGUGAACAAGAAAGACGAGUGGAGCGUAAAGUACAGAAAGAACGAGAGGAGGAAGGAGAAGAAUUUGCUGGGAAGGAAGAAUUUGUCACGUCAGCUUAUAAAAAGAAGAUGGAGGAAAUCCAAGCUGAGGAAGAGAAAGAAAGACGAGAGGCAGCUAUGGAGGAUAUACUGGAUGUGAAGAAACAGAAAGAUAUGAGUGGAUUUUAUCGUUAUUUGUAUCGUGAAACGACUGGUGGGACCACAGCCACUGAUGAAACUAAAGUUAAACCAGAUGAACAAGAUGUGAAGCCUGAACUACCAGCUUUUGAUAAAAAGAAAUAUGAAGAUUUAGAUAAAGAUGAUUCAGAAGUUGAAGUGGGCGAUUCUGAUGAUUCAAGCAGUGAUUCCAGUUCAUCAGGGAAGGAAAGUAAAGUGAUAGUAGAAGAAACAGAUGACAGACAUAAACACAGGAGUUCUCUCAAUAUUAACAAAAAUAGACACCGAUCAAGGUCAAAAGAAAGGUCAAGAUAUAGGUCAAGGUCUAAUGAUAAGUCAAGGAAAAGGUCGAGAUCAAAUGAAAGGUCCAGAAAAAGGUCAGUGUCAAAAGAAAGGUCAAGACAUAGGUCAAGGUCUAAUGAUAGGUCAAGAAAAAGGUCGAGAUCUAAUGAAAGAUCCCGAAAAAGGUCAGUGUCAAAAGAAAAAUCAAGACACAGGUCAAGGUCUAACGAUAGGUCAAACAAAAGUUCCAGAUCUAAUGAUAAACCAAAAAACAGAUCAAGAUCUAAUGAACGGUCAAGAAAAAGGUCAAGGUCAAAGGAAAGGUCAAGACAAAGGUCUAAUUCAAGGACAAAAGAUAGGCAAAAACACAUAUCAAAAGAAGAACCAAGUAAUAAAUCUAGGAAAAGGUCAAGGUCGAAAGAAAGUUCAAGAAAUCCUGACGAAUCUCCAAGUGUAGCUAGAGACAAUAAAGUUAAAAGAUUAGAAGCUGAUGUGAAUUCUGAAAAUGUGACAAUAGACAACACUGAUAAAAAUAAAACGGAACAAAAAUAUAACCGUAAGACCACAAGAGAUGUUGAAAGUGAGGCAAGGAGACGAUUUUUAGAACGUAAAUUGGCAAAAGAACAGGCCAAGUUAAGUCAGUGAUUAAUAAAUAAAAAAAAUUAUAUUUUAAAAAUUUAGAAACUCAUCAUACUUUGAUAUACAUGUACUAUUAGAGGUACAUGUAUCUCUGCUUGAUGAAGUAAAUAAAUAAAAUGGGGUUUAAUGAAGACAAGCAUGCAAUACAGUGUGUAUGAGGGAAUUUUGUUCUGGCAGUGGUGCAGCAGUCUACUCUUAUUUCCAGUUCCAACUGUUGAUAGUUCUGUUGCGUGUAAGCCAACAUGUACACGGGACAUCUUUCCUGCACCACUGACAUGGGGAAGCAACAGCAGAAAAUCCUGAGGGACAUUCUCUGUUAACACUGGUUGGUGAGUCACUGUUGCUCCCUGAAUUAAAUAAGAAUCCCUAUUUGUAUUGUGUGAACCCAACAGUGUUACCAGAAAAGGAAAGUGCCUGUGUUUUACUAUAUAGGAGAAGUCAGUAGACAGUGUGAUGGUGAUGAAGCUUCUGUGUUUUACUAUAACAUAGGAAAAGUCAGUGGACUUCAACAACAGUGUUAUUGUGAUGAAGCUCUUGUGCUUCACUAUGAAAUGGGUGAAGUCAGUGGACUUUAUGAACAGUGUUAUGUUGAUGAAUCUCGUGUGCUUCACUAUAAAAUGAGUGAAGUCAGUAGACUUUAUCAACAGUGUUAUGAUGAUGAAGCUCCUGUGUUUCACUAUAACAUGAGUAAAGUCAGUGUGAUAGUGAUGCAGCUCCUGUGUUUCACUAUAAAAUGGGUGAAGUCAGUGGAGUUCAGCAGUAGUGUGAUGGUGAUGAAGCUCCAGUGUUUCACUGUAACAUGGGUGAAGUCACUGGACUCUAGCAACAGUGUGAUGGUGAACCCCUUGAGUUCAAGAUUACAUGGAUGAUUCUAUUUAUGGAAUACCUUUGUAAAUGAUUGUCCAUAACUAAAAUGCAAUGUAAAAUUGUUUAUAAUUAUUAAAUUCAGUUCUGUCAA